UUUCUCACAUAUUCAAUAUUGUCAGCUACUUCGUUAGCAGUUUAGAAUUGCUCCAAAAUGGCUGCGCCCUUUGAGUUUGAAAAGAUUGGACAGAAUUCAAACAUCAUAGAUGAAUUAGAGUCAUCUUUUUUAAACUGUUUGUCACUCCUUACCACCCAGGAGCAGAUCAAUGUCCAGGACUCUGAAGAAACAAAAACAAGUAUAGAAAAUGCCAUGCAGAAAUUCCUGGAGUUGUCUCGGCAGACAGAGGCUUUGUUCCUGAGAAAAAGAAUGCUAGUCUCUUACCAGAAGCCAGAACAGCAAUUAGUGGAUGAUAUAGAAAAUCUGAAAGGUGAAUUGGCCAGGAAAGAAGCUUUGUUAGAAAAGCACACAGAGAGGCUGAAACGAUGUCAGAUAAUUCUACAGCAACAGGGUGUCACACCUGCAGGGCAACCGGUUCAGCAAUCACAUCCAGUCUCUACCCAGCCAAAUUUACAGUUACCCCAGUCACAUACAGUGCCCCAACAGCAGCCCCACAUGGCACAGUCGGGGUCACUUCCGCAUUAUUCAUCUCAUCACAUACAGCAGAUACCGUCACAGGCCCCGGCACUUGCCCAAUACCAGGGCUAUUCCGGAUCAAUACACUCACAGUCACUGCCGGGACCACCACCACCAAUGCAAUCUCACCCGGUCGUGUCCAUAGGGCCGAGACCUCAAGCCCCACCCUCUUAUCCACAAGGACCUCUAGCAUACCUUGAACAAACAACAUCAAAUAUAGGUCUUCCAGAUAGAAGAUGAAAAUGGUUUACUCGUGGACAUUGAGACUUUAUGUGCUUCUAAUUAGUGCAACUAUUUGAGAACAUUUGUCAUUGUAUUUAAAAGAUAAACUUUGUACUGAAAAAUCAUUAUGAUUUGUGCUGCUUUUAUGUUCGUUGUUUUCUGCGUACACCAUUAGGUCAAUCUACAAAAAUAAGAUCCAUCAAAAUUUCAUUUUGUCUGUUCGAACAUUAUUUUGCAUUACAUCAUCUGCAUUUUACUAUUUUUUGCAUUAAUGGACAGUCCACAAAUUUAUGAACCCAGGAAAUAUCCUUUGUGACAAAACCAUGAAGAAAUUUCAUGCCCACAAAAUUAUGUGAAUUCACAUUAUCUUUAUUGAAUUUAAUAUACUUUAGUCAUCGUGAUGAGGAAAAAUCAGGUUGUUUUCCACUGUAAAAUGAAACUUUGUGAAUUGGUGAGUUAAAGCUAUUUGCCAACAUUUAUUUGGGACUAGUAAUCAUUACAAUAAAUUGUUAGAAAUUCUACCAAUAUUGAUUAAAUCUUAUCAACUGUCAUAGGUUUUAACAUAAAUGAAUUAAACUCA